UCUAACAAGGAGACCAAAAUGGCGGCUGUUUUCAGACGUUAUGACAUCGUACAGUUUACACCCGUAUACUAGCAGAAAAUGAACUUUCAGUAUGAUAUGUAGUGUACGGGAAAUCAAGAGACUUCAAUGUAAUUUAUCAGGAGGGCGAAAUGUGGUGUUAAUGAGGACAAUGAGGUCACUGUCCACAAAUUUCCGACCUGUUCACGUGCUUGGGAUCAAUGGGCUUUUUUGGAACUCUGGCAAAGAUAGAUCCUUGCAAAGAAUGUUUCCUUUGAACUAUCCGAGGACCCUCCUGUUCCACACAUCUGCAAUGGUUGCUGUGAACAAAAGGGCUGAAAGGAUGGAGAAAUCAAGAGAAAAAUCAGCGCAGCUCUUAGAAAGUUUACGGAAGACACGUCUCGAAGGCCUUGCUAAUCCAAGGCCUUUGUUGUCACGUGACGAAAAGAUCAUUAAGCAAAUAGAAAAGUUAGAGUCCAUCAAGAAACUAGUUACGUCUUACUGGGUUGCAGUGAAAAGAAAGCAAGAACUGACUCCGUUGCAUAAAGUCACAAUUCUUGAAUGUAUUGUGAAGUAUUUCAACAAAAGCGUUCAAAUGAGAGACGUGUUUCUGGUACAAGAAUUGCAGCAGAGGCUUUUUCAGAUGCUGGUGCAGGACAUAAGGUCAAAUGUCAAUGAGUUGGAUGCUAACCAGUUAUACACAGUUGCCAUCUGCAUGGCAACGUUGUGCGUAAAAGAUCCCCCAGUUUAUAAAGAUCUUGAAAGAGGAAUUUUAUAUUACAAACUGGCAGGAUACUCGACCAAACAACUCUCACAGUUGAGCUGGGCAUUUGCAAAGUACUGUCGAUAUACAAAUGUUGAUCAAAUCUUCCAUGCUUUGAACGAAGAGAUAUUCUCGAGGGAACUAUCUGAUUUUACUUCUGAAGAAAUGUUGUCCAUAGUCUGGUCAUUUUCUGAGUAUGGUUUCUCAGACACUGGUCAGUUCUACCAGGUGAUGGGUAAUGAGAUUUUAACCCGUGAUCUCAACCAAUUCCAGCCAUGGAUGGUGGCAUCCUUUGCAUUUGCAUAUUCUACCGUAGCGACGUUGAAUGCUGAAGUGUUAAAGGUUGUCGAGGAAGAGCUGUUUCAGCGUGAAGAUCUGACACCUUUUGCUACAAAUGAUUUAGUGAUGCUUGUUUUGGCCUUUGCUAGAGUUCAAAAACUUCAUCCCAUACUAUUUAAACUGUUAGAAACUGUAAUGGUGAAAAGGAGAGACUACAAAGAGACAGUUGUGGAGGAUCACUUGCAAGAAAUGCAUGAUCUCCUCAAGAACAGUGAGCUUCAUUUAGCAGUCUUAGUGAAAAUAAUUGAGCGUGUGUUGGACCCACAUGUUUGCAAUUCCUUAUUUGACAUUUUGUUUCGGCCUCGUAGAUCAUGGAAAGAAAAAAUGCUUCACCAGUACUUGUUUAAAGCUUAUUAGACAACUUACUAAGCAUGUAAUGGAUUUACAUGUAAGUAGCCAUCUCUUAGCAAGAGCUAUCAACUUAUUCCAAAUUGCCUACUACAAUAUUGAACUUUAAUUAUUGGAGAACAUUUAAGGAAAAAAACCUAAGGCAAAAAGCAUUAAGAAAUGUGAUUAUUUAAGUGCUUAAAAGAUGAUUUCCAGUCCAUACAGCACACUCUCUAGAGUUUGUUUGCGUUUUUUGUUUUGUUUCAUGUAAGACAUCACAAAAUGUAAACAUUUUGCAACUGCUUAGAUGAAGUAAAUUCAAAGUGUCAAAGCGACCGUUAUUAUGCCUUUAUAUGGAUGCGAAGCAGUCAAACCUUUAUGCUUCAUCCUUUCUCAUAUCACUUGAUGAAACAACUUUGCAGCUUUAAAAAUCAAUAAAACUGUUGGAAAAAGAAUUUGAAAGGCCUCAAAGAUAAAGGUACAUGCAUGUGGUUCGUAAGGAAUACUGUAACAUCGAUUUGCAUUCCAUCGAGUGAGCCUUAUAAUGUUUAUAAACAUUAGGGUGCUGAGACUGCACAGUACGGACUGGAAAACAAUUUUAACUAUUCUGAUCUGUAGUAAAAAUUAUCAAUAAAUUUUGUUGUCUUCGCAUCCAAAUUGUAGCAUUCUGUGUUAUGAGCCUCGUUACAUCCCUUUAGAAGAUUACAAGCAAUGUAGAGAAUAGAUCAUAUUCAUAAAAAGAAGGAAAGUAUUGAUACAAGAAGGGAUUUUGACCGACUGUUUCAUCUAGAUUCAUCUCGUCUUCAUGUUCCCAGCAAACUUUUCAGCAGAAACCUCUUGGAACAGUAUCUUUUGUUAUGGCUAAGCUGGGUUUCGAGUUCAAGCCCAAAAUCCCUCGAAGCUGUUCCUAAAGCCAAACAUUGGCAACGAACAUCCUACAAACAAACGCUCUACCAAGGAAUGGUGUUGUUCGGCAGCCAUUGCCGAGGAGCAGAAAGCGAGGUUAAGUCGUAUGUAAAAAGACUAUUGCUGUGUUUUAUUAUAUUAAGUUUAACUUCAGUUACAAAAUCUAAUUUUCUAAACUCAGUGGUUGGAGAAUUCAAUAAAACAAUUUCACGCCUUGCGGUUUGUACUUAAGAUUUUCUUUUAGAAAAAAGCGUCUGCACCAACAUUGUAAUUAGUUGAACAAAAUAAAAACAUACUUUUUACAAGAG